AAAUGAAUAAAUAACCGUUUGAAUGUUACGGUUCCACAUGCUUCAGGUUUCAUUACCACACCUCUACAACUGUUAAAGGAAAUGGUCAAAUAUAACAACUGUGCUCAUAUAUGCAGGUCAUGAUUCACAAAUUAGCCUCGUUUUCCACGCGUCACUGCUUCGUAUUUUAGUACACGUAAUGUGUGUCGGGUGUAAUUUUUCUGUUUGUCUGAUCUGAGGUCAGUUUUGGUUUUCUGAACGUACGCUGCAGAGGUUAAAGCAGAUCCGACCCCAGAUCAGACGUGGAAAAGCUUCAGAAAGAGGAAGUGAAGCAAACAAAUGUGUGUUAGACUCUCUUAGACUGUGUGAAAGAACACAAGGACGAACGACUGUUUUCAUCCAGGCCAGAACCACAAAAACAAAAAAAGAUGUCAUGCCUCAAGUGCCUAAAAUACACCAUGUGUGUGGUGAACUUCAUCUUCUUCCUUUGCGGAGCUGCUAUAUUUGGAUUGGGGAUCUACAUGAGCACCACGUUCAAGUAUCUGUCCCUCUUCCCGUCGUUGUCAGCCAUGAACCUGGCCAACGGGCUCUACAUCAUCGGCAUAUUCGUCACCUGUGUGUCCUUCCUGGGUUUUCUGGGGGCCCUUAAGGAAAACCGCUGCCUCUUGAUUUCUUUUUUCAUCCUCUUGUUCCUGCUGAUGUUGGCUGAGCUGACGGUGGCUUGUCUCCUGCUCUUGUAUGAGAAUGAAAUUGACAGUUUCAUUGAAACAGAACUGAAGGACAGCCUGAAAAAAGUCAAAACAGAAGGAGGAGGAGGAGUUAACACAACCAUCGACUGGAACGUCAUUCAGAAAACUUUUGAUUGCUGUGGUGUAAACAACGCAUCCGACUGGGAAACGUUGCCGAGUUCAUGUAAACUCGCGCAGACGGGCUGCUAUUCAAAAUUAAAGAACGCGAUUGAAAACAACCUUCUCGGAACUGGAAUCACAGUCAUCAUCAUAUGCAGCAUUGAGGUUUUGGGUAUGUGCUUCUCCAUGACUCUGUUCUGCCACAUUACCAAAUCUGGACUAGGCUACAAAUGAUCGGCUAUGACACUUUUCUCACAAUGCAAAAGAGAGACAGUCCGAAGAGUCGGCUUCCAUUCAUUUUCUUUAUACUUUCAUUGUUGAAAUUUGACACUUGUCUAGAUUACUAUCCUGACAUAUAUUAUAUGAACGUGAUACAUGUGUACUGGUACACAGCUUCAUUAAUGCAUAUGUUUUUAUAUGUUCUGUCAAACAAAAAUGGCAUUUCCAGAAAUUGUACAGAAAAAGCAUAUGUGAUUGGAUAAAUGGUAGUGUAAUGACAGAAUGCUGCCUUAAAACUUGAUAAUAUAUUGCAAUAUCAGGCUGGACCACAAUUGUAUUAUUUUUCUUUUUAAUGAAAUGCCAAAUGUUUAAUUUAGCUUUGCUUUUUUAAAUGAACUUUAACGCAAUGUUUAAAUGAGAAAUUGAGACAUCAUCACAUGUAGUCUUAUAUAGAGGAACUAUUAUGAGAGCGAUUAUCAGUUUCAGUGCUGAAGUGUUGAAGGGAAAACCCCCUUACAUGACCAAAAGUCCACACAUGGAUAGAAAUAUCUAUCUAAUUCCCCCAAAUUCCCAUAUAUUUACUUCUAGGCAUUUUUUAAAUCUUAAAUAUCAGUAAUUAAUCAGAGCUUGCUAAUGUACAGAUCAUGAUGUUGUACUGUUUAUUUAAUUUUUUUUCCUAUAACCAUGAAUUAUAUUUAAGUUUAGCUUUUGACAUUAAUUAUUUGUGUCCUUUCCUGCAUCAAAUCUAAGAUUGCUGUCCUAACUGCUGUAACUUGUGUCUAAUGGUGUCUAAUAAACUUCUUGGGUGAAAA